UUUUUCGUAGUGGUUGGGGCUGCGCUGGUUGCCUUGAGACGGAUGUUGGUUGUGACAGGCGGAAUUCCGAAGACUUUGGGCGUAAGCGUGGGCAGCGGUUUAGUAAUAGCAAUAGCUAUGGGCGGCAGCCGCUGCCCGGCUCAUUUUUAUGCAAACAAUACCUGGCUCAAAUCAAACCCAAUUUCCACCACCUCCCACUUUGUUAACCCAUUUAUAUGUUCCAAACUCAAUGGCGUGCCAGAAGCCAAUUCAAAAUGCCAUAACAAUCAGUUGGCAAUUAAAUGGCGCCCCUUCUUACCCCCUCCAACGCCAAUAGCUCUGGUAAUUCAAAAUCUGCUCAACGAUGUGCGAUUGCCAAUUACUAAUUAA